GGGCACACUCACACACACUGACGCUUGUAGCUAUGGAAACUCGUCGAUGGCAACAUCCACCAGUCCUCUCUGCCCUCAUCCUCAUACCUCUCAGAGGUGCUGAGCGCGUGCGGCUGUAGACGAUAGAUGAUACGCGGCAAGAUGGCGAUGGCGACACUCGUAGGAUGUGUUGUUCUUUACAUCAGUCUAGGUCACAUUCCAUCAUCGCUUGGGGUAAUCCUCCGAACCACAGACAAGAUCGUGUGGGCAAAUGAGUUUGAGCCCAUCGAACUGACCUGUUUGAUAGAAUCCAUCUCAACAAACAACCCGAGGAUUGAAUGGAAAAAGAUUAAAAACGGUGUCCCCAGUUAUGUGUACUUUCAGAACAAGGUGGCAGGGGACUUGGAGAACAGAGCUCAGCUCAGAGAACCGGCCAACAUUGUGAUCUUUAACGCCACUCGAUCAGACACCGCAGAGUAUCGCUGCGAGGUGGCCGCCAUCGACGAUCAAAGGGACUUUGAUGAAAUACUCAUUAGUCUUGCCGUGAGAGUGAAGCCCGUUGUGCCGCGCUGCAGCAUCCCGGAGGCUGUCACCGUUGGAACCUCCACUGAGCUGCGGUGUCUGGAGAACGAGGGCUUUCCUGCUCCCCUGUACCGCUGGUUCCACAACAACGAGGAGCUUCUUCAAGAUCCCAAAAGCAGUCAGAGAUUUGUCAACUUGUCCUACAGCAUCAACCCUGACACCGGAGGCCUGAAAUUUCGCCGGGUGAGGAAAGAAGAUGCAGGCGAGUACUACUGCCAAGCGAAGAACGACGCCGGACAUGCCCAGUGCGCCCCGCAAAUAAUGGAAGUCUACGAUGUUGACAUCCUUGGAAUUUUCCUGAAGGCAGCCGGUGGACUGACUGUUUUCGUCUGCUUGGCUUUGAGCAUGUAUUCUCUUCGACGUGUGUGCGUUCAAAAUAAAGGCCACAGUGAGAACAACUACAAUUGGCCAGCGCAGAGUGAGGGGGUUGACUAUGGCGAUGCAGAUGAGGGUCAUUUUCGGCACAAGUCCUCAUUCAUCAUUUGACAGCUGACUAAAAUGAAAAUAAAACAAAAACUAUAUCUGAGUCAAAAACAAAAAGUGUUCUGGUUACCGUGCAACAACGAACUGGUGAAGUUUAAGGUUUAACAUGGCACAUUACUCUCUGAUGCACAUCAAAAUCAACUGACUUGCCAAAGUAUUAUUAAUUACAUUUGUGGUGCCGUGUUUUUUUUUUCUUCAAAUAUUGCCACGGAUGUUUUCAUUUCCCUCUCUUUGCAUUGAAUUUCCUUAAGGUAUUUGGUUUUUUGGUUUUUAAACUCAUUACUCAUUUUCCAACAUAAUUGUAACUUACAAUAUAAGCAUUUCAAAGCUGUGAAAUUUGAUAUCUGGCUGUCACAGGUUACUGUAAACUACAUUCCCUCACCAUUUUUUGGAUACGUCCUUUUUGAUAACUUUUAAAUUUUUUACUCUGUGAAAUUGUUUUAGGGAGCUCUUCGUCUGAUGAACAUGUCCUCAGUUGUUUCUCAUGCAGAUGAGUCAAAACCUUGUUUUUGUAUAUACUGUAGAUAUACAGGCAGUAAGUAGCAGACUGUAAAAGGCUGAUCAGAUUAAAAACCAUAAGGCACAAUUCCUCAGCCUCUUUAUUAUAUUCGCAAAUCGGAAAAUAGGUCUACGUAUAGAUUAAACUAUAAAUUUGAAUAUCCUACAUCCCGCUAUGCUGCAAAGUGCAAACGUACAAUAGAGAUGGUGACGUAUGAGUUUUUGGAGUGCCGUUUCUGUGUAUAAGUGACCUUUUGUGCUUUACUAGUUAUUUUGUCGGUAUUGGACAUAUUGUCCACUAUUAAUUCCGUACAUGUACAUACAUACAUCCUUUUUUUACCUUUUAAUUUAAUGCCUUGCCCUCCAUUCAUUGUUGUAAAUACUGCAAUAACCUGUUUGUUUGAAAUAAAACCACUGUAUUUACUGCUGAGUGUGUUUUUGCAGUGUUGCAGCCGUUGAUAACUGUAUGUCAUUUCAGACGUUUGUGUCAAUGUUUUGUGUAACAACUCAGGAACUGUCAUAAAAUAUCUGCUGUUUAUUUGAUAUUAAUGCUGAACAUUAUUGUUAUUUUGGUACUAUUAAAUCCAUUUGAACUGUAUAUGA